AUGGCUGUUACACAAGAAACGUUGGAAACUUCGGAACUAAUUAACUGGACGAUUUUUCAAGAGUUGUUGAUGAUGGAUGAAGAUGAGGAGGGGUUUGCACUUUCAUUGGUACAAACAUUCGUCGAGCAGGCGAAGGGUAUUUUCAAAGAGAUGUCUGAGUUACUUGAGAGUAACGAGAAAAGUACGGAACAACUUCAGAAACUAUCCUCCUUGGGUCACUAUCUAAAGGGGUCAGCUGCUGCUUUAGGGUUACAUAAAAUACAGUACGAGUGUGAGAGAAUUCAGAACUAUGGGAAGGAAAACAACUUUGAUAACUAUGAGAAGGCUGUAGUUGCUAAAAACUUGAAUGACUGGUAUCGGUGUUGUGAUGACGCUUAUGAUUGUGCUCUUGAAUAUUAUAAGCAGAGUAAGGAUUUAAUGAGCGAAUAUUUCAAGGAUCCACUCUGA